AUACAUGGAUGGUGACACUUUAAAAGAUUAAUAAACUAUCUUUAUAAGUAUUAAAUCUCGUCAAAAGUGCUGACGUGUUUAUACCGAACUGGUAAAAUAAUAGUUCGUUGCUGUCUAUUAUGGGCUUAUAUUGGAUGUAUGGGUUUGUCUAUCUCUGCGCAUUUAUUUGCACGUCCGAGACAAACAUGUUAUUAGAUUCAUCAACAAAAAUACGAUGGUAUAAGCAAGUCUCAGAAAUAGCGAACAUAAUGACGAAGUGUAUAAUGGAUCAUGACACAAAUCGACAAAACCACGGUAGAACAGUAAAUACACAGCAUCCUAAGCAUGGUAGAUUAACAAAAGCAGAACGGAGAGCGCAUGGUUUGAAUGGAGAACACAAAAUACACCCUAUAGCAGAAACAAAGAAAGUCAUCAUAUCGGAAGGAGAUUUCUUACAAGGGACCAGGCGGGAUACAUACGGGCACUUUACAGUUGUGAACAAUCCUGACAGAACAAUAUCAGUUUUGGAACCAGGUCACUCUGGUGGAUGUCAGAAUCAAAUAAAAUCUACUGUCACGGAAACAUCAAAACAGAAAUCUUGUAUUGUAGCCGUAAAUGCUGGAUUCUUUGAUCCUAGACCGGGCAACGUUUGCUUAGGCAACAUUAUUAGCGAUGGAAGAGUGGUUAUGAAGUCAGAAGGAGUGCAGAACGUACAUUUUGGAAUAACAAAUGAUGGAUUUUUACACUUUGGAUAUUUGUCAAAAGCCGAAAUAGCAGACAAUAAUUAUAAGCAGUUGAUUGGUGGUGUAUUUUGGUUGGUACGUGACGGACAGAGUUAUCUCAAAGAGAGUAUAAAUAUAGAAUGUCAAACUGAAGAACAAGCAGAAAUUAUGGAAAUGUAUGCCAAAACGAUACUAUCAGCCAGAUCAGCUAUUGGACAUGAUAAAGAAGGACGCAUUCUGUUAAUGCAGCUUGAUGGGUUCAACGAACAUAAAGGAAUGACUCUUUAUGAAUUUGCCGACGUCCUUCUUGAUUAUGGAUUCGUACAAGCAAUUAACCUAGAUGGUGGAGGAUCAACAACAUUAAUUAUCAAUGGGACAUUAGUUAAUCAUCCAACAGAUAAAUGUGAGAAUGAUCCCAGAUUUACAUGUGAAAGAAAAGUUUCUACAAUUUUGUGCGUUCACAGCGAUCAUUCUACAAGAUCGGAAGAAAAUGAUAAAUCCGAUUGUGAUUUUAAAAAUGUUUCGAAUAUAUCCGAACACUGUCAAAGUAGAACUAUUGAUUCAAAUAAUAUCAAAGAAGAGGUACAACGGGACAGCGAUAAUAAGUGAAAAAAAAGCAAAAAAAAUAAAAAAUAAAAAAUGAAUUUGACUAAAAGUUGAGGAAAGACUCAUGUAGUGCUGCAGGUUCUAUUUGAAUAGUGAUUCAGUUUGAUAUCUCUUGUUGUGCAAGCAUAUUUUCUUUGAGAUCGGAAUAUAUUUGUAAAAAAUGAAUUGACAGCAAUAACAUUUUUUUCUGACAGAUUCUUUAUUUUUUUUAGAGUGUAAGCAAUUUUCCAUGUUAUCCUAUGUCAUCUGUUUGUAUUUUUUUUUUUACCAAAUGUACAUUUUAUAUACACAUCUAGACUAAUGAUGAGAACUUAAAAAGAACAUAAAAUCCCCUAUUUAUACAUUUUAUACAUUGA